AUGUAUGUUGAGCUGUCUAAGAAGGCACAUGCUAAUAAGUAUGGAAAGUAUGUGAAGAACGACACUAUUGUGAUAGACAACGGGGUGUAUGAAUGCAAAGCAGGAUACAGUGGACAGAGUCCUCAGAUGGUGUUCAUGAAUGUGCUCUAUCGGCAGAAGACGAGUGCAUCAAUAGAAAGUUUUCAAGGUGCAGUGUUAAAGACCAUGUUUGAUGGAGAUGUGCUGAUAAACUUUGAGGUUCUUGAAAGCAUGAUUGAUGAGGUUCUUGCAUAUUUGAAGCCAGAAAGGCUUCAGAAUUUGAUAUUCACUGAGAAGAUAUACAGCCCAACACAUACGGAGCUUGUGAAAUUUCUUUUUGAAGUGUAUGGGUUUGAGAAGAUACAGAUAGGUGUUGAUAGCUACUACUCGUAUCUAUGGAACAUGAGAGGAGAGGAUUGUAUGGUUGUAGAUAUGUCGCACACGGCUGUUACUUGUUUGGUCAUCUAUGGUGGACGAAUAGCAGAUGUUUACAAAAUCAAUUUUGGAGGAUGUGCUGCCGAAGAGUAUCUUUGUAUGCUGAUGUUUAACAAGUUUUUUGAUAACAAGAAGAGUUAUGGAGAACUAGUAAAGUAUCUCAGAUGCAGUAGAGACUAUUGCAGGGAGGCGGUUGAUGUGCUUGAUGAGAUGAAGGAAGGAGAGUAUUCUAGAAGUUACUUUCUGGAUGAAGAGGUCGAGAUUGGGCAUCAAAGGUGCAUGGAUGCAAAGCAAAAAAGAUGUUCAAUGCCAAGCAACCCAGGAUCAGUGCCUGAAAUCAACACAAAUCUACUAAAUACAAUUGAUUCUGAAUUGAACGAUGAAGAGAUAAGGGAAAAGAAGAGACAGAGGAUUCUGUAUCAUUCAGCACUUCAUAGGGUCAAAUCGAGAGCAGAAAAGUGCCUUGAAAAGCUGAAGAUGUGUAUGAGCUUAACAGAAGAGAAGAUAGAAAGGAUGAGUGAUCCCGCUGGAUUCAUUAAUGCAAAGAAAGCUGAGUUUCAAAGACUGAAGAGAGAGCUGGAGUUAAGGGGAAAGACUCGAAGAGACGUAAAGAAUAGAAAAACAUAUGAAUUCCAGGUGAGAUUUAAAGAAGGAUUGCUUACCGAUGAUGAAAAGCUGUUGAUUGCAAAAAUAAAGGAUGCAGAGGACAUGGACCAGGAAGUCAGACUUAUUGAUUCUUUAAGAAUGCUUGCCAGUCAAAUCAAGGAGCUGGAUCCUUAUUUUGAGCCCUUCACGGCAGAUGUGGUAGAUAUCCUGAAUGGAUACUCAAUAGGAAGGAUGUGUGUGAAUAUUGAUUUGAUGAGAAUACCUGAGAUAUUUUUUUUGCCUUCAAUCAUAGGCUUAGAUCAGAUGGGACUUACUGAGAUAAUGGAAAAUGUUAGUAGGAAAUACAACACAAGAAAGGUGCUUCUUACCGGCGGGUUUUCACAGAUAGAAGGAAUUGGAGAUAGGAUACAAAUAGAAAUGUCAAGUGUAUCAGUAGUUGGGGAUGUGCAGGUUAUUAUGGCAGCUGAUCCUGUUAAUGACGCAUUCAAAGGAGCAACGAUGUGCAAUAUGUUUCCUGUGUAUACUAUAGAUCAAUACCACAAUAUGGGUGCUGAGGAGAUGAUAAGAAGUAUGAAUAGCAGCACAGAUUAG